CUGCCAGGAUGCUGCGCUCUCGGCGCCCGGGAGAGGACUGCGCCCCCGAAGUCGUCGUCCCCAGUUGAUGCAGCCCAAGGGCCAUGGAGAGGGGCUGCCCGGAGGAGCCCGCCCGCAGCGGGGGGCAGCCGUCGGCCCCCGGGCGGCGGGAGGAGAGCAGGGAGCGGCCGCCCGAGGGGGCCGACGGCUGCGGGGGGGCUGCGGAGCCUCAGGCGCCCCCCGGGAAGCUGAAGAAAACGGCUCUGAGGCUGUUUGGGGGGAAGAGGAGCAUCUGCACGCUGCCCAGUUUCUUUGGGGGCCGGAGCAAAGGGCAGGGGAAAGCGGCCUCGAAGAAGGGCCUGGGGAAAUGCCGGACCCACGAGGGGCUGAGCGGAGGCGGCAGCGAGCAGGGCGAUGGGGCGCCGCUGGAAAGCCCCUGGGAGGGGAGCGGGGAGUCGCCUCCCUGCCCUUUGCCGAGCUCCCGGAGCGCUCCCUCGGCCGUGGACGCCGGGUCGGAGUCGGGGCGGCGGGACGGCUCUCCCCCCAUGGAGGGCUGCGAGAAGAAGGCCGGCGGCGAGAAGUCCUCCCUGCCCAGAGCCAAGAAAGGGCUGAAGGGGUUUCUGAACAGCAUCCGGCGUCACCGGAAGAGCAAGGCUGCCGAGAGCGAGCCGGCGGAGCUCCCCGAGUGGAGCGGGGCCGCGGAGGAGGCCGGCAAAGACGCCGGUGCGGGAGCGGAGAGCCGAGGGGCCGCGGGGGGAAGGGGCCCGGGCCCUGUCCCUGCUGCCGUGCCCGCCCCGGGGGGCUUGGGGGGUGAGGGCUCAGCGGCCACGGCCACCCCCUGCAGGGAGGCUGCCCAGCCCGGCCGUCCCGCGGCCAGUGAUGGUGGCUCUGAGGGCGACGCGGCGGCGAUGCCGGGGGAGAGGGAGGGUGCGGGUACGAAGUCGGAGGCCGAGGCCGUUACCUGCGCAGAGUUGGACCCCGAGCAGCUGCUGCUGGCCUUUCAUCCGGACUUGGUGGACACCGACCCUCCGUGCCUGCACACCGGGGAGCUGCUCAGCCUCCUGCUGGGGGACGUCACCUCCCUGAAGAGCUUCGACUCCCUGACGGGGUGCGGGGACGACAUCGCGGAGCCCGAGGUGGCGGAGAGCAGCCUCUCGGUGGAGCGCGGCAGGGACGCGGGCAAGCGGAGCUCCUGCCUGGUGAGCUACCAGGGCGGCGGGGAGGAGAUGGCCGAGGCGGAGGAGGCGGAGGAGUUCCUCCCGCAGGUGUGGGAGGGCAGCGGGGAUGGGGGCUACGGAGCCCAGGUGUCGAGCAGCAGCUUGGAGACGCAGGACGGCCGCCCUUACGUGGGGGACGCGCUGGAGGGCGUGGAGCUCCUGACGCCGCAGAGCGAGCAGCAAGAGUCGGCCCCGAACAGCGACGAGGGCUACUACGACUCCACCACGCCGGGGCCGGAGGAGGAAGGCGGGGAGGGGCUGGGGGAGCUGAAGAAGGAGCGUCUUCCGCGGGACAGCUACAGCGGGGACGCGCUCUACGAGUUCGACGCGCUGCUGAGCCCCUCUCUCGGGGAGGAGUCCCUGUUUGAGGGCAAAGUCUCCCGCCCGGGCAUCUUCAGCUACUUCUUGGACUUCUGCCUGCCCGCGGAGAGGAGCCUGGUCCGGGUGCUGGGGGAGAAGCGGGGGCUGAUGGAGACGGAGGAGGAGCGGCUGGCGGCCAUUCAGAAGGAGCUGCUGUACUGGGAGCUGCAGAGGGAACCGCUGCCCCGGCGCCGCGACCUUCCCGGCCGGGAGAAGUGUCCGCGGGACAAGCCCUGCCUGGAAUGCCAAGGCCGAGGGGCCGGCUCCGGCGGCAAGCAGGCGAGCAGGCUCGGUAGCCCCCCGGCGGGCUCGCCCGGGCCCAGGAGGGGUGUGAACGGCGGGGUGUCGGCGGCCAGAGGCGAGAAGGCGGAGUGGGGGGACUUGGCGGGGCCCGUGUGCCCGGAGAGCCGUCCCGACGGCCACCAGGCCCAGGGCGGUGGCCUCCUCCCGCCGGGGAAGAGCCUCGCGGGGCCGGCCUCGGAGGCGCAGGGGGGGCUGCCAGGGGGCUCCGUGCCGGGCGGCGCGGCCCCGGGCAGAGCGGGGCUGUUCUCCGGCUACGGGCUCCCGGAGCGCGGCGGUGGCGACGAUGAGCCCCCGGUGGGCGGUGAGGCCGAGCCCGAGCAGGCCGUGAGCUUCUCGCAGGCGCUGGUGGAGUUCGCCGGCAGCGGGACCCUCUUCUCCAGCCUCUCGGAAAGCCUGGGGAGCUCCGGCUCGGGCUCGUCCUUCACCCAGAACCUGCCCGCCCUCCCCACCAUGGCACCGGCCGGGGGCGGGGCCUCCUUCUCCAGGGGGCGGCGCGUCGCCUGGCAACGGGAGACGCCGCAUUGCAGAAAGGCCCUCCCCUCCUCCUGCAGUGGCCUCAGGGCCGCAGCCAUGGCCGAGCCCCGGCUGUUGGAGAUGUUGGACUUGGCCAUCGGGACGCCCGAGCCCGGAGCCAUCAACUUCAGGGUGCUGCACAGCCUGCUGCGCACCAUGCUGGAGGGCCUGGCCCAGCUCGGGUGGGAGCAGGCGGCACAGACACCCCCCGGGCUGGAGCAGGAGGGGGACAGGGCCCAGGGCCCCGGGGAGCAGCUCUCUGGGACGGACCCGCUGGCAGGAACCGCGAGCGGCGGCGCCCGACUCGCCUCCGUGGCCACUGAUGUGGGGGAGAUGAAGGAGAAGGUCAAAGAGAACGAGAGCGGCAUCUCCAAGGCUCUGGAUGAGAUCGGUGACAUGAAGGCGGCUCAGUCCCGCAUGGGAGAGGACAUCCAGGCAAUGCAGGAGGCCCUUGGCUUGCUCCAGGACAGACUCCAGGAAGCUGCCGGCCGGCUGCCGGGACCCCGCGACCGGAGGGUGAUGGACAUGGAUGAGGAGAGCAGCGGGAGCCAGUCCCCCUCCAGUGAGUCCCCCCAGGAGGACACGGACAUUCAGCGUGGGGGGAGAUCAGCCCUGGGGCCGGAGGGAGCAGGGGGACAGGCUGUGCCCACGGCUGGUGAGGGGACGCUGGGGACACAGCCUGGCUCCCUGGGGAUGCAAGCGGGGAGGCAAGGAGCAGCAGCCACCGCCGAGAAGGGGGCAGGUGCUCCCACCGCCGGGAGGAGGGGGAGUUCUGAUGCCAGCCCCACCACCCCGGGAAUGCGGCCGGGAUCCCCUGGCAUCCAGACCCACAUCCCAGGGAUGCAGCCAGGAUCCCCUGGCAUCCAGACCCACAUCCCAGGGAUGCAUACAGGAUCCCCCGGCAUUGAGACCUACGCUCCAGGGAUGCAGCCAGGAUCCCCUGGCAUCCAGACCCACAUCCCAGGGAUGCAUACAGGAUCCCCUGGCAUCCAGACCCACAUCCCAGGGAUGCAUACAGGAUCCCCUGGCAUCCAGACCCACAUCCCAGGGAUGCAGCCAGGAUCCCCUGGCAUCCAGACCCACAUCCCAGGGAUGCAGCCAGGAUCCCCUGGCAUCCAGACCCACAUCCCAGGGAUGCAGCCAGGAUCCCCUGGCAUCCAGACCCACAUCCCAGGGAUGCAGCCAGGAUCCCCUGGCAUCCAGACCCACAUCCCAGGGAUGCAGCCAGGAUCCCCUGGCAUCCAGACCCACAUCCCAGGGAUGCAGCCAGGAUCCCCUGGCAUCCAGACCCACAUCCCAGGGAUGCAGCCAGGAUCCCCUGGCAUCCAGACCCACAUCCCAGGGAUGCAGCCAGGAUCCCCUGGCAUCCAGACCCACAUCCCAGGGAUGCAGCCAGGAUCCCCUGGCAUCCAGACCCACAUCCCAGGGAUGCAGCCAGGAUCCCCUGGCAUCCAGACCCACAUCCCAGGGAUGCAGCCAGGAUCCCCUGGCAUCCAGACCCACAUCCCAGGGAUGCAGCCAGGAUCCCCUGGCAUCCAGACCCACAUCCCAGGGAUGCAGCCAGGAUCCCCUGGCAUCCAGACCCACAUCCCAGGGAUGCAGCCAGGAUCCCCUGGCAUCCAGACCCACAUCCCAGGGAUGCAGCCAGGAUCCCCUGGCAUCCAGACCCACAUCCCAGGGAUGCAGCCAGGAUCCCCUGGCAUCCAGACCCACAUCCCAGGGAUGCAGCCAGGAUCCCCUGGCAUCCAGACCCACAUCCCAGGGAUGCAGCCAGGAUCCCCUGGCAUCCAGACCCACAUCCCAGGGAUGCAGCCAGGAUCCCCUGGCAUCCAGACCCACAUCCCAGGGAUGCAGCCAGGAUCCCCUGGCAUCCAGACCCACAUCCCAGGGAUGCAGCCAGGAUCCCCUGGCAUCCAGACCCACAUCCCAGGGAUGCAGCCAGGAUCCCCUGGCAUCCAGACCCACAUCCCAGGGAUGCAGCCAGGAUCCCCUGGCAUCCAGACCCACAUCCCAGGGAUGCAGCCAGGAUCCCCUGGCAUCCAGACCCACAUCCCAGGGAUGCAGCCAGGAUCCCCUGGCAUCCAGACCCACAUCCCAGGGAUGCAGCCAGGAUCCCCUGGCAUCCAGACCCACAUCCCAGGGAUGCAGCCAGGAUCCCCUGGCAUCCAGACCCACAUCCCAGGGAUGCAGCCAGGAUCCCCUGGCAUCCAGACCCACAUCCCAGGGAUGCAGCCAGGAUCCCCUGGCAUCCAGACCCACAUCCCAGGGAUGCAGCCAGGAUCCCCUGGCAUCCAGACCCACAUCCCAGGGAUGCAGCCAGGAUCCCCUGGCAUCCAGACCCACAUCCCAGGGAUGCAGCCAGGAUCCCCUGGCAUCCAGACCCACAUCCCAGGGAUGCAGCCAGGAUCCCCUGGCAUCCAGACCCACAUCCCAGGGAUGCAGCCAGGAUCCCCUGGCAUCCAGACCCACAUCCCAGGGAUGCAGCCAGGAUCCCCUGGCAUCCAGACCCACAUCCCAGGGAUGCAGCCAGGAUCCCCUGGCAUCCAGACCCACAUCCCAGGGAUGCAGCCAGGAUCCCCUGGCAUCCAGACCCACAUCCCAGGGAUGCAGCCAGGAUCCCCUGGCAUCCAGACCCACAUCCCAGGGAUGCAGCCAGGAUCCCCUGGCAUCCAGACCCACAUCCCAGGGAUGCAGCCAGGAUCCCCUGGCAUCCAGACCCACAUCCCAGGGAUGCAGCCAGGAUCCCCUGGCAUCCAGACCCACAUCCCAGGGAUGCAUACAGGAUCCCCUGGCAUCCAGACCCACAUCCCAGAGAUGCAUACAGGAUCCCCUGGCAUCCAGACCCACAUCCCAGGGAUGCAUACAGGAUCCCCUGGCAUCAAGACCCACAUCCCAGGGAUGCAUACAGGAUCCCCCGGCAUUGAGACCUACGCUCCAGGGAUGCAGCCAGGAAGCCCUGGCACGUCCCCUUUGCAAGAGUGGGCCGUGCCCGUGGGUACCCCGGGCUCCAGCGGUGUCCCUCGCGAUGAGAGGAGCGUCUCCUUCGGGGGCCAGGUGUCCUCCCGGGACGGCCAGGCCAGCAACCUGCAGGAUGAGAAGGGGAAGAUCAGGCAGCUGAAAGAUGCUUUUGGAAUUCUUGGAGCGCCUGGAGCCGACUGGGAGGUGGAUGGCAGCGCCCAGACCACCCUGCCACCGGGGUAA